AUGUCACGUAAUAUGAACUGCUUCUUCAAUCGCUUCAUUACAACAACAUCUGGACGAAAAUUUUCAAUUUCUAUUGUGAAAUCUCGAUCGAUACGGGGAAAGUUAGAAGGACGUGAGGUGACUUAUCCAAUUGCAGGCAAGAAGCCAAAAAUUGUAAAAGAAUGCAAAGAAGCUGUUUCCACCAUUAAAAGUGGAUCUCAUAUAUUUGUGCAUGGUAUCGCAGCAACACCAACGCCAUUGCUGGAAGGUUUAUGUGAGCAUGUCAAAGCAAAUAAUUUCAAAAAAAUAACUUUGCAUCAUAUGCAUUUGGAGGGAAAAACUCCAUGGUUAGCUCCUGAUGUCAAAGAUCGUAUCCGUUCGAAUUCUUUAUUUACGGGACACAAUUUAAGGGAUGCUGUUAAUGAUGGAACAGCGGAUUUUAACUCAAUUUUUCUUCAUGAAAUUCCACAAUUAUUCCGAUCAGGAAUGAUUCAUCUAAAUGCCGCAUUAAUUACGGUGUCGCCACCUGAUUCCGGAGGUUUUUGCACACUGGGAACCGGUGCCGAUUCUACUCGUGCUGCGGUAACUUUAGCAGAUUGCAUUAUUGCAAUUUGUAACAAAAAUAUGCCGCGUACAUUUGGUGAAACAUUGAUCCAUGAAAGUCAUAUUGAUUUUAUGAUUGAAAAUCAUUUCCCAUUGCAUGAACGUAAAUUUGCUGCAAAAUUAUCAGAAGUGGAAAAAAAAAUUGGUAACUUAAUUGCGAAUGAAUUAGUUGACAAUGGUGCAACGCUUCAGAUGGGAAUCGGUGCGGUACCGGAUGCUGUUUUGGAUUCGUUAGGUAAUCAUAAAAAUCUUGGAAUACAUACAGAAAUGUUCUCAGAUGGUGUUUUGAAGCUUGUCGAAUGUAAUGUUAUAACUAAUGCUAAAAAAAUUCUUCAUCCAGGAAAAAUGGUCGUUUCGUUUGUUUACGGUUCUAAAAAAUUGUAUUCUUUCCUGCAUGAUAAUCCGUUCGUAUUUUUUGGUGAUGUUGCUUGGGUAAAUGAUCCAUCGAUUGUGAAAAUUAUGCCAAAAAUGACUGCAAUAAAUUCAGCAGUGCAAAUUGAUCUUACGGGUCAAGUUUCUUCUGAUUCUGUUGGUAGUCGAUUCCUUUCCGGUUUUGGUGGACAGGUUGACUUCAUCCGAGGAGCAGCGCUUAGUGUAGAUGGCCUUGGAAAACCGAUCAUUGCUCUUCCUUCCUUAACGAAAAAAGGCGAAUCAAAAAUUGUUCCUUAUCUCAGUGAGGGAGCAGGAGUGGUGACAUCACGGGCUCAUGUCCACUAUGUGGUCACCGAAUACGGUAUAGCUCAAUUAUGGGGCAAAAAUAUGCGACAACGGGCGUAUGAACUGAUCAAAAUUUCACAUCCAAGUCAACGGGAGAAUUUGGAAAAAGCAGCAUUCGAAAGAAUGAAAGUGAUGCCAUCAUCGGAUUAA